CGGGGAUGGAUGCCUUCAUGCUCAUGAGUCACUGGUGCGAUGGCAGCUAUCGGUGUCCAUGGAGAAACUAACACCCAACACUACUACGCAGGCAGUGGAACACGGCAGCGCACAACAGCCAAGUCAAGUCACUCAUACACACGUGAUGCAGCGCAGCCCACGAAACCACCCACGCACAUCACACCACACUACACCACAACAAAUGACGGAUGACACACACAUAUAUAUGUGGACCAAAAAGAGGCGCGCAAACCUACUCCCCCACACCAUAAACCAUUACACUAAACCAGCCACACACAAACUCACUCACGUUAAUAUGCAAACGGCUCCCGCCCUCCUCCAGCUCAGUCUCCAUCCAUCCACCCAUCUAUCUAUCGGCCAUAUCCGCCAUAGCCGCCAUAGCCGCCAAACCACCACCACGGGCGAGACGGCUCGGGCUGCUCGUAGGACGGCUGCUCGUAGGUCGGACGCUCGUAGGUCGGGGUCGGCGGGGAGUACCUCGGCGGCCUGUAGGCUGGGCGGGUGUUCUCAGGAGGGGGGAGGACGUUCUGCUCGCCCUCGUCAUCGGCCCUGCCCUGGGGCGACACGGCGCCUGCAGGGGCGGGGAGAGGACGAGAGAUCCAGUCCUGCGCAGCCAACAGACCCAUGAAGUCGCUCUCGCUGUCGGAAGGAACGCUGAGAUAUCAAGACAACACACACGCGCACACAGAGGAAACGUGUGCACAUGGUCAGGCGAUCUCGGUGUGCUCCUGACCUCCCUUCCGCUUACAAGAGGGGUCCAGUGUGGGAGGGAUCACGGUCCAGAGGGCCAGCGUGGAUGGGCUCGACACUCUCUGGGGUGAACGGCACCUCCUCGUCAACAGGAAAGACCGUGGGCAGGUCUGACAGCCACACACGCACGCACGGAGCAGGAGAGCGGUGAGAGGAGGGAGGAGGGAUGCGUAUGGCGGAGAUCUGUCCUCGUCUGUCCGUCAUGCUCACCGGACGUGUCCUGAGCCGCUGCGAGCACGAGGAGGACGAAGAAACCGACGAACACGGCCUUCAUCUUGACAAAAUCGCGGCUUAUUCUCUGCGGCGUUGGUUUGGCUGUGUGAUGCAAUUUUUU